AUGACGAGGUUUUGUUUCUUUGCUUCUUUGCUUUUUUUGACCAUGCUCUUAUGUUUUUGCUAUGCAACUAUAACGCCAACAAGUCCUUUGUCAAUAGGCCAAACUCUCAGAUCCUCUAACGAGGUUUAUGAGUUGGGGUUCUUCAGUCCUAAUAAUACUAAGAAUCAAUAUGUUGGAAUCUGGUUCAAAGAUACCACUCCUCGGAUCAUUGUGUGGGUGGCCAAUAGAGAAAAGCCUGUUACAGACACCAUGGCAAAUCUAUCUAUUAGCAGCAACGGAAGUCUUCUUUUAUUUGAUGGAAAUCAUGGUGUUGUGUGGUCCAGUGGAGUAACUUUUGCCUCUAACGGGUAUCGCGUGGAGCUUUCAGACAGCGGAAAUCUUAUGGUCGUAGAUAAAAUUUCAGAAAGAACUCUAUGGCAAAGCUUUGACCAUCUUGGUAACACUCUGCUACAGUCCUCGUUCCUGAUGUAUAACCUGGCUACCGGCGAGAAGCGAUUUCUGACUUCUUGGAAAAGUUAUAAUGAUCCAUCUCCUGGCGACUUUGUGGCUCAGAUUACACCGCAAGUUCCAUCACAAGGGUUUAUUAUGAAAGGCUCGACGCCUUACUGGAGAAGCGGUCCAUGGGCUAAAACAAGGUUCACUGGCCUACCUCUAAUGGAUGAAUCGUUCACAAGUCCAUUCAGCCUACACCAGGAUGUUAACGGGUCAGGAUACUUUUCAUAUUCUGAAAAGGACAACAAUCUUUCACGUAUAGUUUUAACAUCAGAGGGAUCACUGGAGGUGUUUCGGCAUAAUGGAACGACCUGGGAGUUUAACUAUCAGACUCCAGCCCAUUCAUGUGAUUCUUACGAUGCAUGUGGACCUUUUGGAUUGUGUGUUACUUCUGUUCCUCCAAAGUGUAAAUGUUUCAAAGGGUUUGAACCAAAAUACACCGAGGAGUGGAAAAGAGGAAACUGGACUGGUGGUUGUGUGAGGCAAACCGAACUACUUUGUGAAAGAAACUCUACCGGUAAAGAUGCAAACGUGUUUUAUCCUGUUGCCAACAUAAAGCCUCCAGACUCUUACGAAUUUGCUAAUACCGUGGAUUUUGAAGAAUGCCACCAAAUUUGCCUCCACAAUUGUUCUUGCUUGGCUUUUGCUUAUAUUAGUGGAAUCGGGUGCUUAGUGUGGAAUCAAGAAUUAAUGGACGCAGUGCAAUUUUCUGUGGGAGGGGAGCUUCUUUCUAUUCGUCUUGCACCUUCUGAGCUAAAUGGAAAUAAGAGCAAGCAUACCAUCAUUGCUAGUACAGUGAGCAUUGCUCUUUUUGUGAUUCUGGGUUUCGCUGCGUUUGGUUUCUGGAGAUGCAGAGUAGAACAUAAUGCUGAUAUAUCAAAGGAUGAAUGGAGGAACGAAUUGAAACCAAAAGAUGUACCAGGUUUAGAUUUAUUUGAGAUGAAUACUAUACAAACUGCCACUAAUAAUUUCAGUCUGUCCAACAAAAUCGGACAAGGUGGAUUUGGUUCUGUGUACAAGGGAAAACUGCAAGAUGGAAAAGAAAUUGCUGUAAAACGGCUUUCUAGCAGCUCCGGACAGGGCAAAGAGGAGUUUCUGAAUGAAAUAGUACUAAUCUCAAAACUACAACACAAAAAUUUAGUCCGGGUUUUGGGAUACUGCAUCAAAGGAGAAGAGAAGCUACUGAUUUAUGAGUUCAUGUUGAACAAAAGCCUUGAUACUUUUCUCUUUGAAUCAAGAAAAAAAAUAGAGAUUGACUGGCCUAAGAGAUUCAAUAUCAUCCAAGGUAUUGCACGAGGACUUCUCUAUCUCCACCGUGACUCACGCCUCAAAGUCAUUCACCGAGAUCUGAAAGUGAGCAAUAUUCUUCUGGAUGAGAAGAUGAACCCAAAAAUAUCAGAUUUUGGACUAGCUCGGAUGUAUCAAGGAACUGAGUACCUGGACAACACUCGCCGGGUUGUAGGAACUCUAGGAUAUAUGGCUCCUGAGUAUGCAUGGACUGGGGCGUUCUCUGAGAAAUCCGAUAUUUACAGCUUCGGAGUUCUGCUGUUAGAAAUCAUUAGCGGAAAGAAGAUCUCAAGAUUCAGCUGCGGCGGAAAGACCCUUCUUGCAUAUGUAUGGGAAUUCUGGUCUGAAAACAGAGGUACUGAUCUUCUGGACCAAGAUGUUGCUGACUCAUGUCGCCCAUUUGAGGUUGGAAGGUGUGUUCAGAUUGGUCUUCUUUGUGUUCAACACCAACCUGAAGACAGACCCAACACACUUGAGUUGCUGUCUAUGCUCACCACAACAUCAGAUCUCCCACCUCCAAAACAGCCCACAUUUGUAGUGCACACAAGAGAUGACCAAUCCAUGCCUAAUGUUUUGAUCACCGUCAACGAGAUGACACAAUCUGUGUUCCUUGGGCGCUAAGAAACAAUGUGUGAUGGAAAUUAUGUUGUCAACUUUCUCAUUCUUCAUUUCUAAAAUAUUUCUAAACAAAGGAGUUUAAAUUAGUGGUUACCAACAUGGUUUCUCUAAAUGUUCCGGCUUGAAUGCUUUGAUCUCUAUCACUUGUUGAAUCGAUCUUGACCUAGAACCUUAACGCAUACGAGACUAUUAAUUUAAGGCGGGUUUCAGCCUUAGAUUAAUGACAAACCAUAAUAGAACAGGAGGUCCAUCAUGACGGAGCAAUUAAGAACGCAUCAAUGGUGUCGGAUCACGCCGGAGAUGAAGGUGUAAGUAUGCUUCGUUCAGGACCAGCUAUUAAAGGAGGUGUAAGAUGAAAGAGUCGAUUUAUUCAUUCCUUAUUCGUUAUGUAAGAUCGAAACCCUAAUAUUAAAUUUUGAGUGGAUCCGAGAUCCAUUAACAUCUCUCGGAAGUU